AUGAAAAUAAAUCCAACUAUUAUACAGGACCAACAAUCUAGUAUUCUCUCAGAUGAAUCAAUUGUAUCUUAUAUGUUAAUUGUUUCUAUAAAACCAAAUAAUAAUGAUAUGCAGUUGCCAGUUGAUAUAUAUAAAUCUAAUAAAUUAUUGUUAAAGAGUAUUAUAAAAGGUAAUGCACCUUUUUCUUUUGUGAAUUCAAAAAAAUUUAAAGAAUUUGUUUAUUCAAUUAAUAUACAUUAUUAUAUGCCAGCACAAAAACAACUUUUAAAUGAUAUUCUUAAUAAUAUUUAUAAAAAAAUUCAAGUUUCAAUUCAAAAUUUUAUUUAUAAAUCUGAAUAG